AUGGCUUCAACAGGUAAGAAGGCCUUCCAUGAAUCAAAAGCCAAGCAGAAACAAGCAAAGAAGAGAAGGGUCUUGUUCUCAAAGAGGGUAAGCCGCACUGAUGCCUUGAAAAGGUUAGCUAUCCCAACAAAGUGCCUUGCAUUUUUCCCACUGUUUUGCGGAGGCCAUGCUCUGGAAUUGCCGGUUAGGGAUGAGAGUGGCCAUUGCUGGACUUUCGUCUGCUCCAUUCGGAAGACGGGAGCUUAUCAGAAACCGGUGCUUCAACAAGGCUGGCGAGAAUUUGUUCUAGCUAAAUGUCUCCAUGUUGGUGAUAGGGUAACCUUCUAUGAACAAGAAUCUGAAGAUGGAAUCAAGAUAUUUGGGUCCAUUUUACCACGUUCUCGAUAUGGUAUUGAGAUUGAGAAAACAAUGAGGCCCCUUACGGCUAGACCUUGCUAA